AAUCACAGGACACAAGCCAUGCUAGGCCCAACAUUUCAAGACCGAAACAAUCUUCUUGUUUCUCCUGGGAAUGAUAGUGCAUUUGAUGGCAGAGCUGAGGAAGUGAUAAUAGAGGAUUCAGAGGAUGAUUCAGAGGAGGAUUUAGAGGCUGAUUCAGACUAACAGAGCGAUGUAAAGCAGACUUCUUUUGCGAGGUUUUACUUUGCACAUACUAAUGGCUGUUGCCGAAAUGGUGAUAAUAGAGGAUUCAGAGGAUGAUUUAGAGGCUGAUUCAGACUAGCAGAGCAAUGUAAAGCAAGACUUCUUUAGGGAGGUUCUAGUUUGUACAAACUAGUGGCUGUUGCCGAAAUGGGUAUGUUUUUGGUUAGCAAGGAUGGAUGAUGGUUAUUUCAAUGAAAUUUCGUUUCAAUU